CUUACCAGCGCUGCUGGUGCAGCUGAGGGCUCAAACGAGCCGACCAACCAGCCUGCUCUUGGGGCAGGCGGCAACACCUCAAAGGAAACUAUCGUUUCAGACAGUGCUGCGGGCUCGCCUUCACUUCCUCCCACUCCGAGGGAAUCGGUAAGCGACUAA